UCAGGAAGUCUUGAGACUUUAACACAGUCUGUGUUUAACCGUCUGUCACCAUUCAGUCAGUAUGGAGCUCAGUCAACUUCCUCUUGUGUUCUUGCUGAUUUCAAAUAUCUACUCUGGACAAACUCAAGGUCUUCCUAAACUGACUCUGACAGCUGAUCCUCAGAGUCCAGUGUUCACCGGAGACUCAGUUACUCUGAGAUGUGAGGGGAUUCAGUCACAGAAUGGAUGGGAGUUUCUCUGGAGAAAAGACUCAAACCCUGAAUCUACUGAAGAUCAAACUAAAACAAUCAAACCUGAGAAAGUCUCUGAUGGAGGAAAGUACAGCUGCAAAGCACGAAGAAGAGGAGGAAGAUAUUACACAGAUUACAGUAAACCUGUAACAGUAACAGUAUACGAAAGACCAAAACCCAGAGUGAACAUUAAACCUGAUCAACAUGUGUUCAGAGGAGAAACAGUCACUCUCAGAUGUGACAUAUAUGAUAAAGGAGUCACUAGCUGGAGAUACAGCUGGUAUAAAGAUAAUUCAAGAAGAGUUUUCAGUGAUGGACAGGAACACACAUUCAGUUCUGUUACUGAGUCUGACUCAGGUGAAUACUCCUGUGAAGGAUCAGAGAUCAGAGGAUCACGCCGGUCACACACGAGUGAUAAAGUUACUCUGAAAGUAUCAGAUCCCAAAUCAGUUUUAAGUGUUUCUCCACAGAAGUGGUUGACUGAAGGAGAUCCAGUGACUCUGAUCUGUGAGGUUCACAACUUCUCUACAGGCUGGACGUUCAGCUGGUUCACUUUAACUGAAUCACCAGGUGGUUAUCAUCUGCUCUCAGACAGCAGCAGAGGAGCAGGAGGAAGAUACAGGAUCAGUUCUGCUGCUGUAGAUCACACAGGAGUUUAUGUGUGCAGAGCAGAGAGAGAGAAAUCAUCUUAUAAAACACAGUACAGCAACAAACAGCUGCUGUGGGUCACCGGUGUUUCUGCUCCAGUCUCUCUGAGGGUCAGUCCCAGCAGAACUCAACACUUCACAUCUGACUCUCUCUCUCUGAGCUGUGAAGACCAGAGUAACUCUAAUGUAUGGAGAGUGAGAAGAUACACAGACCUCUGGGGGCUGAAGGAUUGUUCAUCAAUACCUCGAGGAUCACACACAGGAUCUACAUGUACAAUCAGUUACGUCUCUACAUCACACACUGGAGUGUACUGGUGUGAGUCUGAAUCUGGAGAGAAACAUCAUCCUGUUAAUAUCACUGUACACUCUGAAGUGAUUCUGGAGAGUCCUGUUCAUCCUGUGACUGAAGGAGAUAGUCUGACUCUACACUGUUUAUAUCGAUACACUCCAUCAAACCUCAGAGCUGAUUUCUAUAAAGAUGGAUCACUCAUCCAGAAUCAAACUACAGAGAUGAUCAUCUCUCCUGUCUCAAAGUCACACGAGGGUUUCUACUCCUGCAAACACCCAGAGAGAGGAGAGUCACCCAAGAGCUGGAUCUCAGUCUCAGGGUUUCAUUCAGAAUCUCAGAUCUCUGUUCUCUGUAUAUUCAGUUCUGUACUGGCAGCUUGUCCAUAUCUGCUGGUGACAGUCGUGCUGAUUUUCAAAUGCUGCAGAAUGAGAGCCAUCUCCUGAAGAGACACUGAAAACCACCAGAGGACACUCCUCUCAGGUCAUAGUAAAAAAAAACCUCUCUGUCCGCUCCAGACCUUUGAAACUAAAUAUUCUGAUAUAAUAUCUCAUGUGUUUGUUUGUUUGUUGGUGUAGUGGGAAUUUUCCCUCCAGUGUAGGGCUUGCAGUAAUAUUAUGGUAUCUUGGAUAACUAGAGAAAUUACAAGACCUCAACAAGUCUUCAACCCCUAGUACAUUUAAUUUCUGAACUUAAAGUAUGUUUUUAUUUAGUAACAACGACUGAGGAUUGAAGGACAGUAAUUUAAUAACGUACACGGUAGCUCUCUGUGUAUUAAUACUAACCCUACUUUUCCUCCAUCAGCACAAAAAGUGCAAAAGUGUGUUUAUUUGUACAGUGUUUGGUAGAUGAAAAGAAUAACACAACAAUAACACAAUAAAGAAACCAAAAUAAACUCUUCACUUGUGAA